AUGGAAUCUUUGGCAACAACCAUUCGUUUCGUCACGCUGAACUGCCGAACACUAUCGAGUGAACUUCAACAAGCCACUCUAUCCAGACUUCUGCGAUAUCUCUGUGUGUCUUUUGCUGCACUGCAGGAAACACGCAUGAGAGAUCGGCCCGUCACCAGCAUCGAAAAUUACACCAUAUACUACAGCGAUGCUGAAGAGAACAAACUAGGUGGCUGCGCGAUAGCUGUGAGGAACGAUUACAAGAACCUAGUGGACGAAUUUGGCUCAACGUCGUCUAGAUGCGCCUUUCUACUGCGGGAUCGCAGAGGACGUAAACUCUGGAUCAUAAGUGCUCACGCACCUACGGAAACCGCUGAGAACAACAGUAAGGACGACCUUCUAUGA